AUGUCGUCGCUUCAGGAUUUAAUGAAAGCAGGGAAAGCAAUGGGGUUUGAGAGUUCGGACCUGCGAGAGUUCAUUCUUGCUGAGCAUGUCAAGGAGAGAGAGGAAAGGCAACAGGAGCGUGAGGAAAGACGGGAAGAAGCUGAAAGACAACACCAGCUGUUGAUAUUGAAAGAGAAGAAGGAAGAGAUGGCUUUACAGUUAACUCUUGAAAAGGAGCGUGAGGAGCGUUCUUCGAGAGAGCAUGCAAGGAAGAUGGAGGAAUGGGAGUUUCAGAAAACUCAGGGAUUAAAUACUAGUGGGAAUCAGGAUCAGAGAUCGUCACACAGUUUAGUAAAAGGUCCUAAACUGCCGCCUUAUGAAGAAGGGAAGGACAACAUUGACAGUUAUUUACAACGGUUUGAGCUUUACGCUGCUACUCAGCAUUGGGAUAGGGAUCGACAGUGGGCAACACACCUAAGCGCACUUCUAAAAGGCAACGCUUUGGAUGUUUUUAGUCGACUACCAGUUGAGAAGGCACUGGAUUAUGAUAUCCUGAAAGAAGCUUUGCUGAGACGGUUUGAAAUGACUGAGGAAGGUUUCCGACAGCGGUUCCGGAAUGGUAGACCUGAUGCAGGGGAAACAUUUGCCCAGUUCGCUGUAAGGCUGGACAAUUACAUAGUCAGAUGGCUGGAAUUGGCAAAGACUGAGAAGACCUAUGAGGGUUUGAAAGAUUUGAUACUUCGGGACCAGUUUUUGCAGGUUUGUGGAAGUGAGCUUAAACUCUUCUUGAAGGAGCGUAUUCCACAAUCUAUAGCUGAUAUGGCGAAGAUUGCAGAUCAAUACGCAGAGGCAAGGGGUAAUCCUUCAGGGCUGGUGAAAGCGAGGCAUCCUGGACAUAAACAGCAGUAUCAGGGUAAUCGUUCUCAUAUAGACUCUUCUAAGUCAUUUGGUAAGAAGGAGGAACCGAAGGGAAAGUUCAGCAGCGGUGGUAGCAGUUACUUAGGAGGGAAGUCGUGCUACAUCUGUAAGAAGACAGACCAUCUAUCUUACAACUGCCCAGACAACUCUAAGAAGAAGCAGUCGCGUGUAGGAUUAGUAUCAGACCAGCACUCGACAGAGACAGACGACCACCGUAAGGAAAGUUCUACUGGUCGAUCUAAAGGUAAGAAAAUGUAUAACAGUCAAUCUUCCUGUGGAGCAUUAAGUUCGAGUGAUGAUGACGAUGAUGAUCAGGAACAGCUAAGUAUUUCUUGUAGUGCACCUGUUUUGGAGGUAGGUAUGCCUAUUGUGAAAGGAUUGAUUGGCACUCAUGUCGUCACGGUUUUGCGGGACACUGGUUGUAGUGGUGUGGUCAUAAGAAGAAGUCUUGUGGACACGGAUGAUUUAACUGGAGACACGAGGACAUGUACUUUAGCUGAUGGUAGUAAGCUGAACGUUGCUACGGCUAAUGUCGUCGUUGAUACACCGUACUAUCAAGGACCGGUUGUAGCCUGGUGUAUGGAUACUCCAAUUUAUGACCUUAUAUUGGGAAAUAUUGAUGGUGUUAGACCCCCAGGAGAUCCUAAUCUUGAGUGGAACCUAGAGGAUCAUGUUAAUGCGGUACAGACCAGGGCACAGAAGAAGUUAGAGGAGAGACGAUAUAGACCGCUGAAAGUCCCAAAGGUGUUCGAGGACAUCGAUCCAAACGAAUUCAAAGAUGCUCAGAAGUCGGAUGAGACUUUGGCGAAGAUACGUGAGAUGGCGAAUUCAGGAGAUGUCAAGGACAGACGGGAUGGUGGAAAAUCGCAUUUUUUCAUGCGUCGUGGACUUGUCUAUAGAGAGUACAAGAGCCCCUCUACCCAACAAGGACGGAUAUUCAAACAGUUGAUCGUUCCAGUCAAGUAUCGUGGAAAGGUUAUGGAACUGGCUCAUGACUCGAUGAUGGCAGGGCACUUGGGAGCAAAGCGCACCAGUGAUAGGAUUAUAGCUGAGUUCUACUGGCCAGGAAUGCAAUCCGACGUAACAAGGUAUUGUCGCUCGUGCGAUGUGUGCCAAAGAACGUUUCCAAAAGGCAGAGUAACGAAAGUACCACUUGGAAUGAUGCCAUUGAUCGAUGCUCCAUUUCAGCGAGUAGCUAUCGACAUAGUAGGACCUUUACAACCUGCUACAGAUCGGGGAAAUCGAUUCAUCCUCACGAUUGUUGACUAUGCUACACGGUAUCCAGAAGCAGUAGCGCUGAAGGGAAUUGAAACUGAAAGAGUAGCAGAGGCACUUGUCGAUGUCUAUAGUCGGGUAGGAGUUCCCAAGGAGGUAUUGACAGACCAAGGAAGUCAGUUUACAUCAUGUGUGAUGCGAGAAGUGAGUAGACUACUUUCUGUACGUCAGCUAACGACGACGCCCUAUCAUCCCAUGUGCAAUGGACUUGUUGAGCGCUACAACGGAACUCUUAAGCAGAUGUUGAGAAGGAUGUGCUCCGAGCGACCAAAGGACUGGGAUAAAUAUUUGAACGCGUUGCUGUUUUCAUAUAGGGAAGUACCACAGGAGAGCUUAGGGUUUUCCCCUUUUGAAUUGUUGUAUGGACGUGUUGUACGCGGCCCGAUGAUGAUACUUCGUGAGCUGUGUGAGAAGGAAGUUGCAGAUCCUGAAGUAAAGAGCACUUACCAAUAUGUCCUUGAUCUACGUGAACGACUAGAGGAAACAUGUAAGUUAGCACAGGAGCAGCUUAAGAAGGCAAAGAUCAGGCAGGCCAAGUUCUACAACAAGAAGGCGAAAGAUCGAGAGAUGAAACCAGGAGAAAAGGUGCUUGUCCUAUUGCCAACGAAACGGAAUAAACUCGAAAUGCAAUGGCGAGGACCGUAUAUUAUCACGGAACGGAAAGGUCCUAUGGAUUAUGUGGUAUGCAUUGAUGGUAAACAGAAGGUUCUACAUGCAAAUUUGCUACGCUUGUACGUACAACGUGAAAUGUCCGGGUCGAGUGUGAGUGGCGUUUUGAAUAGUGUAUGUUCAUCUGUGGUUGAGGAAGAUGACGGAGAUGUUGAAGACGAGUUACCGAGUACUGAUUGUUUCAACGUACCAACUCCUGUCAGGACAGAAACCGUAAAUGAUGUUCAGGUAUCGGACUUACUGACUACUAAACAGAAGGAAGAUGUGUCAGCUUUGUUGGAUGAGUUCGCGGAUGUGUUAUCAGAUGUUCCUGGUAGAACUCAUAUUUCUGCUCAUGAGAUUCGAACAACAACUGAUGAACCAGUAAGGGCAAAGAACUAUCCUAUUCCAUACAGUAUGAAAGACACUAUCCGAGAGGAAGUCGAGAAAAUGCUGAAGAUGGGAGUGAUAGAGAAGUCUGAUUCGCCUUAUUCAGCACCAGUUGUAAUUGUCAGGAAGAAGGACGGUACAAACAGGUUUUGCAUCGAUUACAGACAAUUGAAUCGUGUAACCAUAUUCGACGCGGAACCAAUGCCCAACGCGGACGAUAUAUUUUCGCGGCUCUCAGGAAACAAGUUCUUUUCUCGGUUAGACCUGAGCAAAGGAUAUUGGCAAGUUCCUAUGGAAGAAAGUUCGAAACAGAAGACAGCGUUUACCACACCUGUUGGUUUGUUUCAGUUUUCCGUCAUGCCAUUCGGAUUGGUGAACGCACCGGCUAGUUUUUGCCGACUGAUGAGGAUCUUGUUGGAUGGAAUGAAGAAGAUAGAAAGUUUCAUCGAUGACAUUUUAAUUUAUACCAAGACUUGGGAAGAACAUCUUGACAUAUUGCGGGAGUUGUUCGUACGUUUACGGAACGCCAACAUAACAGCCAGACCAACUAAGUGUGCUUUAGGAUUCCAGAGUUUGGAGUGUUUGGGACACAUGAUUGGAGAACAACAUUUACAACCCAAUCCGGAUAAAGUCAAAGCCAUUCUUGAUGCGAAGAUUCCUGAAACCAAGAAACAAGUGCGAUCUUUUAUCGGUUUGGCGGGCUUUUACAGGAAAUUCGUUCCAAAUUUCGCCACGAUUGCAGUGCCUUUGACAGACCUCACCAAGAAAGGCCAACCGAAUAAAGUCAUUUGGAAUGAACCCCAAGACUUGGCUUUCAACACAUUGAAGAAGAUCUUAUCGACAGGACCAGUUUUGAAGUUGCCGGAUUUGAACGCCGAAUUUAUCCUCAGAACGGAUGCAUCGGACUAUGGCGUCGGUGCCAUUUUGUUACAAGAGGAGGAUGGAGUGCUACAUCCAGUGGCAUACAUGAGUAGGAAGCUCAAAGGUGGCGAACUUGCUUAUUCGGUGAUUGAAAAAGAAUGUCUAGCAGUUGUAUGGGGAAUAUGCAAAUUUCAGAAAUAUCUGUACGGUCGACAGUUCAUCUUGGAAACGGAUCAUCAGCCGUUGUUGUACCUCAACAGACUGAAGGGCACAAACUCUCGACUAAUGAGAUGGGCAUUGCAGCUGCAACCACAUCGUUUCCGAAUCCGAGCUAUCAAGGGAAUGGAUAAUGUCGGAGCAGACUUUCUUAGCAGAGUGUAAGCAUUUGAUUGGCAUGGUUGUGAUGUGCGUUUGAGAAAUAAAAGUAUGUUUAUUUCUGAAAGUGGGGGCGUAUGUCACAGUCCCAACCAUAUUUUGCUAUAUACAUAUCCAUUAUAUUCCAGGAAGUGGAUAUUUUCUAUGUUGCUUGUACAAUUAUAAUACGGUAGAAUUUCUAUUUAUUUUAUUGUGUAAUUUAUAUUUAGUUUUGGUAAUUAUUUGUUAUUUGCUAUAAAUACGGAUUCUCCGGACCCGGGUUCAUAGCGAGUAAAUUAGUGUGAGAGAGAUAUUCGCACGGGUAAACGGGCGAACCGGUUGUGUGACCUUGGAAGGUAUACAUGGGUUAAACAAGCGCAAAAUACAGUUUGCGUUUUAACCUAUGAUGGUGUGAGGGCAGAAGUCAUUUGAGACUGAUAUGGUAUCCAGUAACCAUAGUUUCCAGUCCUAUGUGGGCAAUACAAACACCAUUAUCACCAACUGAUUGCAGUCCUGUGUGGGUAGCUGUUGGUGAGAUGUUAAGUUGACAACUAUUGGUGAGCUAUCCUGUGUGGGCAGCUAUAUGCAUCGUAAGAAGUCCUGUGUGGGCAGAUUUUAAUGUUAUGUCCUUUGUGGGCAACCAUAUCUCCAUAUUUCCAUAUGUCCUGUGUGGGCGGAAGUAACUUUAUACAGACCUUUGUGGUCAACCAUAUUUCCAUAUGUCCUGUGUGGACGGAUAUAACUUUAUACAGACCUUUGUGGUCAACCAUAUUUCCAUAUGUCCUGUGUGGACGGAUAUAACUGUAUACCGACCUUUGUGGUCAACCAUAUUUCCAUAUGUCCUGUGUGGGCGGAUAUAACUGUAUACAGACCUUUGUGGACAACUUUAUUCCCAUAUGUCCUGUGUGGGCAUAUUAUAUCUACAUUUAUGUGGCAACGUUGAGCAGAUACAUAAACUUGUCUUGACAAUCUUUGUCUGGAGUGUAACAACUUUCUAUGUGGACACUAUACGUCAGAUACUAUACGUCAGCCGUCAUUGGAAGUAUUUGUGGAUUGCUGCUUCAGAGUGUAUGUAUGUGUAUGUUAGUUGUGAGAAAGUUGUAUAUAUUGCUAUUAUUGCAUAUGUGACUGUUAAAUAUGUACAUUAUUGUAAUAAACUCAUGUAUAUAGUGUA